UCAUUAAAUUGAGUAUACAGGAUAACAGGAAAAGUCCUGUUGGCUUCUAUACUAUUCUCCAGUAAAAUUUAUAAUCUAAAGUCAACAGGAAGUACCUGUUCCUACAGGGAGGUGAAAUACUCAGGGGAACAGCCUAGAGUGGCCCACACAAAGUGGUGAGGGUGGCGUCAAAUAACAGUUGUUUUGCGUCGGACGCCUAGUUUUCCUAAGUGGGUUAUAUUCCGUCUGCAACUGAGAGAUACAAUUGUUAUUCUGCAAGUGGGACAGUAAACACAAACACAACAGCACAAGAUGGCUUCACCAGGCGGUACCCUGAAAUGGGACCCCAAGAAUCUGGAGAUCAAGACACACUCUGUAGAGAAGACACUGGAGCCACUGGUCACACAGGUCACAACACUUGUGAACACCAAAGGGAACUCUGGUAAGAAGAAGGGUCGUUCCAAGAAGGCCCAUGUGCUGAGUGCCUUAGUCAAAAAGGCCACAGAGACCUUCAUUGACAAGGGGGAGAUAAUCGCAAAGGACUAUCCAGAUAUCCAGGAUGACAUGAUGGCAGCCAUCGAUGACUGCAAGAAGACAGGUGACACCAUGUACGCUGCCUCCCAGGAGUUUGCGGACGACCCGUGCUCCUCCAUGAAGCGGGGUGCCAUGGUGCGUGCGGCCCGCGCCCUUCUGUCUGCCGUCACCAGACUGCUCAUCAUCGCUGACAUGGCUGACGUGCACAUGUUACUGAAGCACCUCCGCAUUGUUGAGGAGUCCCUUGAGAGGGUGCGUCAGGCACAGGACCAACAGGCGCUGAACAACGCCUUCCGCCAGUACGGCAAAGAUGUGGUGGGGCUCAACGACAUCGCCAUGAAGAGACAGAACGACUUGAUCGACCCUGCCCGGCGUGAUGAGAUGGCUGCUGCCCGUAACACACUGAAGAAGAACAGCAUGAUGCUGUACACGGCCUCCAAGGCCUUCCUGCGCCACCCUGAUGUCGCUGCGGCCAAGGCCAACCGGGACUACGUGUACAAACAAGUCUGCGAUGCUGUCAACUCUCUGUCCAACACUGCGCAGGCUUCUGGACCCGCGGAUCCUCACCCUUACGAGGGGGCUGGUGAGCUGGCCGCAGCACUGGACGAGUUCGAUGGUCGACGUAGGCGGGACCUUCUCUCUCGUGCUAUGGAUGAUUUCGAUCAAAAGAUCGUGAUGGACCCUGCCAGCUACAAUGAGGUGCGUACGCGCCCGUCCCUGGAGGAGCGCCUGGAGAGCAUCAUCAGUGGCGCAGCCCUCAUGGCAGACUCGUCCUGCACACGUGAUGACAGGCGGGAGCGCAUCGUGGCCGAGUGUAACGCUGUGAGGCAGGCCCUGCAGGACCUGCUGACUGAGUACAUGAACUGUGCUGGUGGGCGGAAGACCAAGGAGCUGGAUGAGGCUGUGGACAGGAUGCACAAGAAGACCAGGGAUCUCCGCAGACAGCUGCGCAAGGCUGUGGUGGACCACGUGUCGGACUCCUUCCUGGAGACCAACGUUCCCCUGCUGGUGUUGAUCGAGGCUGCAAAGCGCGGGAACGAGAAGGAGGUUAAGGAAUAUGCCCAGGUGUUCCGUGAGCACGCCAACAAGCUGGUUGAGGUGGCCAACCUGGCCUGUUCCAUGUCCAACAAUGAGGAGGGGGUGAAGCUUGUCCGCCUGGCAGCCAAUCAGAUCGAGAACCUCUGUCCCCAAGUCAUCAACGCUGCCCUGACCCUGGCAGCCCGCCCUCGCAGCAAGGUCGCGCAGGAGAACAUGGACGUGUUCCGUGACCAGUGGGAGACCCAGGUGCGCCUACUGACGGAGGCUGUGGAUGACAUAACGUCCAUCGAUGACUUCCUGGCUGUUUCCGAACAACACAUCCUGGAGGAUGUGAACAAGUGCCUGCUGGCUCGCCAGGAGAAUGAUGCCGACACGUUUGACCGCACAGCGGGGGCCAUCAGGGGGCGCGUCUCCCGGGUCUGUAACGUGGUGAACGCAGAGAUGGACAACUACGAGCCUGGGAUCUACACAGAGAGAGUCAGGGAGGCUGUGGUGCUGCUGGGUGACCAAGUGAUGCCAGCUUUUACGGAGUGUGUUGAAAUCGUGGUUGAUGCCCUGAGCCAGGACCCGCCGAAGGAAACUGAUGAGAACGAGCUGAUCGACUCUUCUCGCAACGUGUACGAGGGUGUCCGUGACGUCAGGCGUGCAGUCCUGAUGAUCAGGUUAGCAGGAGAGUAUAUAAAUCCUCUCCGCCCGCCCUUGUUGAGCCCAGAGGAACUGGAGACAGACACAGAAUAUGAAGAUGAGACAUAUGAGACCCACAGCAGAUCAAGUCGCAUGACUGAUGACAGAGAGCUGGAGGGAUCCCAGGCUGGGGAGUUUGGUGGGAAGAGUGCCAGGGCCCUGAUGAGAGAGCUCCCCGAAGAAGAGAAGAAGAAGAUCGCACAUCAGCUGGAGGUUUUCCGUGCCGAGAAGAGCAAGCUGGACGAGGAAAUCGCCAAGUGGGACGACAGUGGCAAUGACAUCAUCGUCCUGGCUAAACAGAUGUGUAUGAUCAUGAUGGAGAUGACAGACUUUACCAGAGGCCAUGGCCCACUGAAGUCCACUAUGGAUGUCAUCAAUGCAGCCAAGAGGAUCGCUGAGGCUGGCACCAAGAUGGACAAGUUGGCCAGAGCCAUUGCUGACCAGUGCCCAGAGUCCCAGACGAAGGACGACCUGUUGGCGUACCUGCAGAGAAUCGCUCUGUUCUGUCACCAGCUCAACAUCGCCAGUAAGGUGAAGGCUGAGGUGCAGAACAUCAGCGGAGAGCUCAUCGUGUCGGGGCCACACUGGGCAUCUAUGUUGGACAGUGCCACCUCCCUGAUCACAGCGUCUAAGAACCUGAUGAAUGCUGUGGUGUUGACAGUCAAGUCCUGCUACGUCGCCUCCACUAAGUACAAGAAGGCCAUGAAGAACCACAAUGUCAAUUCCCCGGUGGUUCUGUGGAAGAUGAAGGCACCUGAGAAGAAGCCACUCGUGAGGCGUGAGAAACCAGAGGAGCUGUCCGCUAAGGUCCGCAAGGGGUCACAGAAGAGGCACUUUUCACCCAUCCAGGCACUGAGUGAAUUCUCCAGCAGAGAUACAUUCUAAGGGCUGAUUGGAUGAACUGAGGUGCACAUGUAUAGUUGCUUUGAACAAUAAGCUUGUAUCGACUUUGACAUUUCCUGUAUAGCUUCAUAUAAAAACUUUGUAACACAAUGUAUAGGACAAGCAGCCCUAAUGCUGACACUACAUAAUCAUCAGUCAGCAGUGCUGCUGUUGCAUUAAGAAAACUAGAUAAGUGUUCACUUUUACCAACAGAGAAUCAAGUUCGUAAUUUAAGUAGGAUGCUUUACCUUGUAUUUGCCAAAGGAAUCAAAAGUUUUACCUGUCAGUGGUGAUAUGAAUCAAUGAGUCUUAAUCAUACUGUCUAAAAUGUAGACAUUUCUAAGCAUUGUAUUUUAGUGUAUAAUUUUAUACAGAGCACGUUGUGAACAGUUUUCCUAACAUGGAAUAGUGGAAAGAAACUUUUGACAUCAGCUAAAGCUGACAUAAAGUUGGGAACUGACAUACAGUUGGGGACAGAGAAUGUUUUUUGUCACUUAUUGCACUCCACUGUUACAUUCCAUUCUUUUUUUAAAGUAACAGUUUGUUCAUUGUGUUGUUACUUUCUGUGUACCAGGGUCUGUAAGUUGUUUUGAUACAAUAGCAAGGAUGAUGAGUUUCCUUUAAAAUUACGCUUUUUGUGAAACAUGAUUGCUUUGUUGUUGAGGUUGCUGUACUGGCUAUCUUUCUGGACGUUUAAUAUUUUUGGCACAAUUGUGAUCAGACAAUUGAUAUUCUGACUUCUAUGUUGACUGUGAUUGUUUAGAUGGCAGUGCCUUUUCUCUUGUAGAAAGAACAUGUUUGGUGUCAAAUGUAAAGAUGAAGGGAAAAUCUAUGCCAUACUAGUGACAGAAAGUGAUAUUUUUGUAAAGGUGAUUUCUGGCUAGGUAUACACUAAAAGUGAGUCUAGGCUGGAAAGUAUCUAACCAACAUGUACUGUGUGUGUAAUAAAAUUUCCCAUGUAGCUCACUGUAUCUGGUGGAUUUGAAUGUAUACAACAUAGCCAACUGCUGACAUACAUGAUUAUAAUGACUAUGAUUUAAGGGCAGAUAGUUUGCUUGACUUUGAGCAAUAAAAGAGUGGGUAACUGAA